UUAUUCAAACACAAAACAGUCCUUUAUCUCUUAAUUUAUUAAUUAAUCUAGAAAGUUUAUCCUUUUCCAACUGUCUCUGAUUGAUGAAUAAUUCACAAUGAAUAUUUAGAUUGAAAUGUAUGUAAUCAUUUCAUAUUUAAUCUAUUUAUAAUGUUAUUUAUAUAAUAGUGUAUAUGCAGUCCUCGUUCAUUCAUGCGCGUGGUGGGAAAACCUUGGAGUUUGACGCGCUGUAUGCAAAUUUGAACGCUGCAUCAGCCAAUAGGAAUCAGUCGCGCUGGAUUGUUAUACAUAUUCAUGACUGCAGCAGGAGUUCACAUCCAAUAGCAGGCGACCUGAGAUGAAUAUUCAACAGAUCCGUCGACGGAGAGCGUCGGCUUCAGUGUGCAUCUGGAUGAGAGGCGUGAGAGCGGCGUUAAGUGCGAGCUCACGUGGAGAAACGCUGCUGAAACUAAACAGCACGCUUUGGGUGGUCGGUUUAGAGGAGGAGAAAUGCGAGGAUAAGGAGCGGAAUGCGCUUUUCUGGCGUUUUGCUGAGGCGUUUCACACGAGCCGGCUGAUUUACAGCGUUCUGUUGAGUGAGGAAAGCACUCCCGUCUCCUCAUCCUCAUGCACCGCGGAAUUUCUCUCCACAUGACAAGCCGCAGUAAGGGGCUCCUGGAGGACAUCGUGUCCAGCCUGUGGGAGCUGGAGAGCGCCAGACAGAGGCAGGAGAGACUCGUGCUGGGCGUCCUGGCAGCCGGAGACACCGAGAAGGAGCACGAGACUCUGAAAUGGCAGCAGAAGCAGCUCCUGGAUGCCCCUGGUGGUCUGAUGGUGGUACUGCAGCAGCAGCUCAGCGAGUUGACGGUGGACUCUAACACAGAAGACAACCUGGACAGUGUGUCUAGCUCAGGUUUUUACGAGCAGAGUGAGAUUCAGUCCCCUUUAAGACACUCAAGAUCUUCUCCCAGUCUUUCUUUCUACAGCCGCAGAGGCAGACCAGUGGAAGAUGCCUACAUGCUGGACUGGGAGGGUCAGAGGGCACGACCCUUGCGUGCUUUUCUGCCUCGUUCAUUCUCUGCCCCCUACCCCCCUUUAGAGGGCAUUGCAGAAGGAAUUGAGGAUGCCGAGGAUGAUGACAAUGGAACUCUGUGGUCAAAAGGCCAAACUCCAAAUGGAGAGGACGUGAAUGGAACUGAUAUGGGUACCAUUACGAAUUUAAAUGAGGAUGGUGGCCACACUGGGAUCCAUUGUGAUUAUCAAGGUCCCACUGUGGAGGUGGAUGAGGGCCCCACAGCAGAGGACAUUCAGCAAGCAAUGCGUGUGGAGACCUAUAUUUUGGGUCUUCUACAACGCUAUUGCCUCAACCAAACUCCAACCUCUACAGAAGUCCUCAGUUCUACUCCUGAUUGCUGGCAAGAACUGCAUGCUUUCCCCCCCAACUACUGUGAACAACCUGAAAAUUCAGAGUGGCAGCAAUGGGAACUCAUCAAUGAUGAAAAAGCAUCGCAAGAUAGAUACUAUCUGGGAAGUGAGGCUAAUCGAUUCUCACAGGCUUGUAAAGAUCCAGGCUCCUCCAUAGAGUCAUCCACUAUCAUUGCUGAUAUAGAGUCACAUUGUCUUCAUCAUCCCUGUGUUUCUCCAUCUUUAACCUCUGAAUCUCCCAAACAAGACUGGGAGCCUACAUCUCUGGAACUGGCACAUCAACUGCCCUUAGCCAGACUGUAUCAGGAGGAAAGCUGGUCAUCAGUUAGGCAGAGGCAUGUAAAGACAACCAGCCAGUCACUAUCAGAAGGAAACUUUCAAUCCCAAGGUUUUACCACCAAACCAGAGCAUGGGUACCAUUCACUGGGGCGGGAUAUGGAUAUGCACUGCUUCAAUGAAGAUUAUAUGUCCAGUCAGAGACUCUGGAGCUCCACGGCAGACCUCAAUCAAGAAGAGAAGGUGACGUUGCUCAGAGCAGAGGAACGACUGUUGAGAGACACACACCUACCAUUUCACAUCAGCCCACAGUCUUGUACUAAGUACACUGAGCAGGGCCAUCACAUUGGGAAUGAGACGAAUACUAGAGGAACUCAAGGAGAUGGAUCUGACUCCAGUCUGAGUGAGACAUGCUCUCCAGGGUCCAGCUCAAGGUCAAGUGACUCAGAUGAAAGUGGGGGCCUUGUCUGGCCACAGCAAGUGCCCCCAUGUGUGCCUUCUUUCUCCCAGAAUACACCUACUGCCAUGGUCAGGAUAAAAGCCUCGCAUGCACUAAAGAGGAAGAUCCUGCGUUUCCGGUCAGGCUCGCUAAAGGUCAUGACCACAGUCUAGUCUUGGAUUUGGCAUUUGAGAUUAAUUUGGUAUAUGCUGUGCUUCCAGCCUUUGAUGGUGUAUGGUGUUAGUAAGUGGAAUCCAUGCACCCAAAGUUGGAUUCAAUAUAUGUCCAAAUUCAGUAUGACCUAGUUGAAUGUUAUGGAAUCCUCUGUACAAUUUACAAAGCUGGCUAUGUAUGUAUGUAUGUAUGUAUACACCUUUGGUUCUCUGGGUGAGAGAUUUGAAUACUGUUCUCAACAUGCUUUUAACCUUUGCCUUUUGUUCUCAGUGAUCAAGACCAAUCUGAUAUUCCUGAUUUGUGGAUUUCGCUGUCCUGGGUAUCACUAUACAGCAGCAGAUAUUUUGCCACUAUGUCAUGUCUGAAUGCAUUUCCUAUGGAUAUUCCAGUUUUCUUUUCCCUUCUAAAACAUGCUGGUUGGUGGAUUGUCUCUUUGCCAUGGACUAGCAUACCAUCUAGGGUGUAUUCUUACCUUGUGCCCAGUGUUCUUGGGAUAUGAGCUACACUAACCACAACCCUGUCCAGGAUAAAGUGACUGAAGACAAAUGAAUAAGAAUCACCAAUCCUAAGAUGGGCUUGACAUUGAUAGAUACCACAUUGCACCUUAGAAACAUUUCUCUUGAUAGUGCUGACCUGUGAUGGUUGCUAACGACACAGUGCCUCUCUUUGGUGCAUAUCCUGGAUAUAAUAACUGCAGGAAGCAAGAAGGAUUUUAUGUCUUCUAGAAAGUUCUUUAGACUCAGACUUACUUUCACGCAUUUCCUAUGAAGUGCCUGAAGUGGGCUAUAGCAGGUGAUUAACCACCCGCUCUACUUUUCCCCCCAAGUUGUCUUUUUUUGUGCUGUUCAACUUUGUAACACUAAGUCAAGUUAAUUAAGAAUGUUUCUUCUUAUAAUCUACUUUUUACAGAAUGUAAUGACGAUCCUUUGACAAGCCAUAUGCAGUUUAUUAUAAUAAGUGAGAUCUCCUAACAAAAAUAUCAAGUAGGUUUAUUGUGAAUCUCACACAGACAUGGAUUUACUUGCUGAAUUUGUUUUAAAUCUUACAACCUUCCAACACAUCUGUAUAGGUGUCUUGUGGUUUCAAAAGAGCAAUGCCAGAAGCCUUUUUUUCCUGUUGUCAUGCCCUGUGUUGAAACACCAUCUGAACACCCUGAUAUAAUCACAAUCUGCAGGAUCCAGGUCAAGGUCAUGUGACUCAGAUGAAAGUGAGAGUCUUGUCUGGCCUCAGCAAGUACCCCAUGUUUGCUUUCUUUCUCACAGAAUGCAAAUUUAUUAUUUUUGUGCUCUUGACAAAACUUGACAGCAGAAAGUCUUUGUGGUAUAAACACCAGUGAGAAAUCAUGCUUUUAUGAAAUUAGCUGGAGUUGCUCUUUAAGUAUGAGUUCGAUGCCACCCAGUGUACCAGUUGAAUGUGAGUUGUUUCUGACUUGUGAUAGCACUGCCAACCUCGAUGUGAGAAAUAGCCAUUCCGACAGCUGUAAAAAUCUGUACAUUAAUGAAUGCUUAAAUAACUAUUUCUGUGAAUGCACGCUUUUGCAAAGUCUUGUACAUAAUGAAGUAUUAUCUUGCCUGCUGUUUUUACGCCAGCGUCUUUGCGUUUAGACGCACCUUUUUUAGUAUUUGGAAAAACUUUCUUUUCUGAUUCCCUUUUACUGCAUGAUGAUAAUAAACCUUUUAUAUUAACAGCUC